CCGUCCGUGGAUUUCUUCAGCCACGAGGUGCGGAUCCACCCGGUGACCAACCGGCCCGCGGACAAACGGAGCUUCAUCCCUUCCCUGGUGGAGAAGGAAAAGGUCUCCAAGCUGGUCCACGCCAUCAAGAUGGGCUGGAUCCAGCCCCGGAAGCCCAAGGAGAACGUUCCCACUUUUUACGACCUGUGGGCGCGGGAGGAUCCCAACUCCGUGCUGGGCCGGCACAAGAUGCACGUGCCCGCUCCCAAAAUCCCGCUGCCCGGCCACGCGGAAUCCUACAACCCGCCCCCGGAAUUCCUGCUCAGCCCCGAGGAGAGGCUGGCCUGGGAGCAGCAGGAGCCGUCGGAGCGGCGCCUGAGCUUCAUCCCGCGGCAAUUCCCGAGCCUGCGCGCCGUGCCCGCCUACUCCCGCUUCAUCCACGAGCGCUUCGAGCGCUGCCUCGACCUCUACCUCUGCCCCCGCCAGCGCAAGAUGCGGGUCAACGUGGAUCCCGAGGAUCUCAUUCCCAAACUUCCCAGGCCGAGGGAUCUGCAGCCCUUCCCGACCACACAGGCCCUG